AUGUCUGGCCUACCCCAAGGCUUCACCGCUGUCAAAGACGCCAACGCUGCUGGCGCCGUCGUCAGCCUGCUGGGCGUCGUCGUGAGCCUGCGAGACCCCCGCAAAACCCGCGGCACAGACUGGAGUCUCAACUUCUUCAUCCAAGAUGACUUCACCGUCGGCUCGGUGGGCGGCUGCUCCAGCAUGGGUUGCCGCGUCUUCAAGCCGUCCGAGGCCAGCCUGCCCAACAUCACGGGCGCCGGCGACGUCGUCAUCCUGCGCAACUUCAAGCUGAACCCAUGGCGAGAGCGCAUGGACUGCGUCAGCACCCCGUCAAGCGGAGUCCUGGUCUUCCCAGCCAGCAAGAUCCCCGUCCCAGAGCUGAGCCAUGCCUACCUGCUCGGAACACGGCGUCUGGUGCAUCAUGCCACGCCUGGCGCUAGAGAGCCCACGAUGCCCGAGCAGACGGCUGUCUUGAAGUUGAAGCAUUCUUCGUCUGGUGCCGCGCAACAUGUCCAGCAGCAUGCUUCAAUGACGUCCUUCAAUGCCCCGGCCAGACGCAAGGAGGCUUUGAUCAAGGAUCUCGAACUCGGCAGGUUUUCCGACAUCAAAGCGCAAGUAGUCAACAUCUACUACUCCAACAACGGUACAGUAGAGCUCAAGGUUACAGACUACACCGCCAACAAGAACCUCUAUCUCUACGCAGAUCCAGACAAAGACCCGGAUUUGGUGGCCAAGCACGACUGGCGAGGCCCGUACGGACAGGUAACCAUGGAUGUACGACUCUACGAGCCGCAUGCUGCGUGGGCUCGCGGGAACCUCUCCAACGGCGACUUCGUCUUCCUCAGGAAUGUCCACAUCAAGGCCUCACCUGCCAACAUGCUCGAAGGUGCGAUGCAUGAAGACCGGCAGAUGCCUCAUCAGGUCGACGUACGCAAAUUAAUGCACCAGCCAGCGAUCGAUGAGAUCAACGAGCGUAAAGCGGUGUACGAGCAGCAGCGAUCGAACCAAGGGACUGUCCAUCUCGCCAACGCCCCUAAGAAGCCGUCAGCAAAGACCGCUGCAAAGAAAAGGUUCGAGAAGAAGGAGAGACUACGUCUGCAGAAAGAAGAGGAACUGAAGGAGCUCGAAGAGAAGGAGAAGAGCUGGGAUGCUGAACGCAAUGGCAUCAACUUGCUCGUCCGUGCUGGCUUUCCUGAGAUGAAGCUCUCGACACUGUCCGAGAUCCACAACAACCCUCACUUGCAAGCACAGACGACCAAGUACAACAAUUUUACCCUACCCUUCAUCAACUGCAGACACCGGUCCCGCGUCAGAGUGGUCGAUUUCUAUCCGCCAGAAAUCGAGUACUUUGUGCAUUCCUCAAACGACCCCAGCUGGACUCCGCGCUCGAGAAAAAACAGUCUUUGGGAAUGGGGCUUCGUCCUGCUGCUUGAGGAUGCACACGUGCCGCACAACACGGUGCCGGAGCAGCUGCGCGUCAUAGUGAACAAUGAUGCCGCGCAGCACUUGGGUCUGCCGAAUGCUCGAGACCUCAAAGAAGAGCCCCGAGCCCUCGUUCAAGUCAAAGAGAAACUCUUCCGCCUGUGGGGUAACCUCGCAGAACUGAAGGAAGAACUGAGGGCUCGCAGCGCAGACCUUCCACUACCGCCAGGAGACAACAGGCUGCAGAACCUACCAUUCGACUGUUGCAUUGAAGAGUACGGCCACGAGGUUCUGGUGAGCGAAGAGAACCCAACAGGAUACCAGCGACUCCACAAGCUUGCCCUGACAAAGAUCAUGGAUUAA